UCUCUUGUAUACCCACUUCCUAUGUACGUGAUUCCACGUAUUUCUUCUAUUCUAUACAUUUCCACAAGAGAGCCUUGUUAUGGUCAAACUGUGGGGAUAAAGAGAGAGAGGGGGAUUUCAUCAUUCCACAGACCAGAUUCGUCUCUUUGCUCAUCGUUUCUUUGAUUAAUAAUCGACCCCAAGCCUUGCUCACCUUAAAACCUCUCCACUCUCUCCUCUCCCUUCUUUUAUUAAGAAGCUCUUGGUUUUAAGAUUUUAUGUAUGCUGCUGCUUCAAUCGCUUUCACGCAAUGGGUUUUGAAGAUGUUUGUUGCACAGGCCUUGGUCUUGGUUUAGGCCGCCAGGAUCGCCCUCAGAGUCGUUUGCAGUCCGAUCAUCAAGAGAAGAAGAAGAAGCCAUGCUUGAAAUAUGAUAACUCCUUCCCGUGUCUUACGCUAGGCCCAUCGGAAGAUACGUAUCAAUUGGCUGCAAAGAUUAAUGAUGCUGGUAAAGGGUAUGGUGAAUCAACCGAUUUGCAGAGACAGGCCUCUUCUCUUAGUGCAGUGUCAUCAUUUUCUAACUCUAGUAUUAAAAAGGAGAGAGACUUAUGUGGUGAGGUAGAGGUAGAGGUAGAGGUAGAAAUAGAGAGAGUCUCUUCCAGGGCAAGUGAUGAAGACGAAGAGGGUAAUUCGAGGAAGAAACUUAGACUUACCAAGGAACAAGCUGUCAUUUUAGAAGACAGCUUCAAACAACACAGCACUCUCAAUCCUAGACAAAAGCAAGUCUUAGCCAAACAGCUGAAUCUUCGGCCACGACAAGUAGAAGUGUGGUUCCAAAACAGGAGGGCCAGGACUAAGCUGAAGCAAACUGAAGUGGACUGCGAGUUGUUGAGAAAGCGUUGCGAAACACUGACAGAUGAGAAUCAAAGGCUGCAGAAGGAGCUGCAAGAGCUGAAAGCACUAAAACUAGCGACCCCUUUAUAUAUGCAGCUGCCUGCAGCUACCCUAACCAUGUGCCCUUCUUGUGAGAGGAUUGGGAGUGGCGGCGACGCCUCGUCUAAGACUUCUUUCACGAUCGGAGCAAAGCCUCGCUUCUGUAAUCCCUUCACCCAUCCAUCUCCAGCUUGCUAGAUAAGGUAACCUACAAGGCAAGGCCACAACACCAUUAUCCGUGUUGAGGCCUUCCCCUGAUCGCUUAAGAACAAUUACUGAAAUUAAUUUGUAGAGAAUCUCCUAGUGUACACAUGUUUGCAAAUAUUUUCACGUAGUAGGGAUCUUCAUUUCCUUUUGUUUGUUCGGCAAAAGCAAUAACUGAUUUUUAUUCAUCCGGCAA